AUGGAAUCCAAGCCAAGGCCGCGAAACAAGCGUACUAAGAAAACCGUGACAAAGAAGGUGAAGAAGGAACGCAAAUCUAAGGGUCCAUUCAGCAUGUGGCACCUACUACGCAGUAGUCUCCUCUAUCAGACAAAGGAAUUCUUCAAGAACUCAACCCUACAUGGGGUGCGCUAUAUCGCAGAAGAGGGUCGCCCAUUUAUGGAGAAGUUUAUGUGGUUCUGCUUUGUGGUGACGGGCGCCGUUGCCGCCAUCAUUAUCAUCUUCAGUUUGUGGGAAAAGUUUCAAACUAAUCCCACUAUUACGGGGUUGGAUACGGACUUCCACAAUCAGGAGGUGAUCUUCCCGACCGUUAUGGUUUGUCCGACCGAACCGUACGAUGAGAAGAGUGUUCAGGAGUUGGCUUUUAUAACGCUCGCGAACUACGAAGACAAUUCGGAACAGUAUGAACCAUUGCUGCGGCUCCUAACUCAGCUAACGUAUGAGAGAAUCGCGGAAGUUGUUGCGCAGAACGAAAAUUUGACGGACAACAAACAACUGGCCAGUAAGGACCUGCGCAAACUGGCCUUCAAGUCGGCCGUCCAAUGUAAUGCGACAUUCGGUUACUGUCGGUACAAGGAUGAACCGAUAGACUGCUGUUUCUACUUCAAAUCCGUCUAUUCGGAGUGGGGUUUUUGUUACUCCUUCAAUUCGCGCUUUGUUUCGCAAUCUUUUAUCGAGGAACGCAACUCGGAGGUCAACUAUCUCUACGAAACGGAUAAAAAGUGGGGCCUCACGUUUGCCCCUCUACGGCAGUCGCUUGUGUUCGUCCAUUCACAUAAUGAAAUCUCCGGCCGUGAUUUUCGGCCGCAGGUUCAGUGGGACCAGAACUUCGCUAUUGAUUUUCUCAUCUCGAUGAAGCAAACCUACACCACGGAGGAUGCCCGGCAGCUGUCGAUUGGCCAGCGGAAGUGCAUUUUUCCGGAUGAGGUUCGGCUGCAUUACUACCAAGACGAGUACACCUUUUCCGGUUGUAUGAAGGAGUGCCGCAUCCGGAAGUUUCUCAAGUUUUGUCGCUGCAUUCCGCCGUUUUUUGCCCCUCCGGUGUCACUGCCCUUCUGUGAGAUCGCUCAGUUCCAGUGCAUGGCGCGGUACAUCGAAAACAUUUCGUCCAUUGCCGAGUGUCACCAUUGUGAGCUUGGUUGCCACAAUACGGUUUACGAUAUUGAGAAGUACUCCAAGGUGAUGAACAGCGACGUCAACAAGGAACCCGUCGUAACCAUCGAAUAUCUCACAUGGCCCAUAAUCCGCUACAAGCGGGAGGUUCUUUUCGGAUGGGUCGAUCUGCUGGUCUCCUUCGGAGGCAUCGCAGGGCUUUUUCUCGGUUUCAGUCUUCUCUCCGGAGUGGAAAUAAUCUAUUACUUCACCAUGCGGGCGUGUUGUAUGGUGUAUAAAAACCGGGACGAAUUGAUCGCUAUCGAACAGGAAAAACUGAAACGCCCCAUGCCUCGAUAUGACCUGCGGCUCAAACCGGACUUCCGGACAGCUGUGGUCCCAGUGACACCUCCUCCCGAGCAGGGCAUGGAGCCGAUUAAACGAACCAAACAUGUAUCAACGAUUGGCCUAAUUGGGCAAGAAUUCCAAACCGCGAGAGCCCCCGACGGAAAUGGUUUGCUGCUUCCCGGUGCCAUCAGUUCCCGUCAUUUACAGCGGUUCGAACGAAUGCGUACCCAAAUACGGGCGGACAUUUUUCGACCUGUUCAGGUGGCUCCGUACAGCGAACGCAUCAUGCCUCUCGACAGGAACUGGGUCCGCACCAAAGAAGGACUGUUCUACAAUGGAUAUCUGCCGUAGGGCGGGAAUGAUGUUCUGAACUCCACAGGGUUCGUAGAGAGUCUCAGCGAUAUAAAAAUGCUUUUUUGUUUGAGACUCGAAAUCGAUGGAAAACUUUUCUAUGGUUUCUUUGAGCCGGUUACUUUCUGGAGAAUCAUUCACACAGCGCGACCGACAGUCCAAGGAAAGCAAUACUACUUCCAGUGUUCCUCAAAGCUCUGUUCUUGGACCUCUACCAACCGUCCUAAAGUACUGCUCGAUACAACUUUAUCCCGACAACGCACAUAUGAGUAGCUCGAGUGAAAACCUAGGGUGACAUUGCGCAUUUCGUUUCGAGUAACUCGAACAAAACUAAAUGAUCGCUGGCGAGCGUUAUGUUUCGUUUUUUGUAAUUUUUUCGACUUUGCGGGUUAGAUGAGCCGAAGGACAAAUGACAAUGACAGCUUCUUUUAAGCUUAGAGCAAAACUGGCAGUAUGUGACGUGCUCGAAAAUAGCGAAAAUCGUUGAAUCGAGCUGCACAAUGCCACCCCUGGCCGAAAUUAUUUUCGCUGCUAUUAAGCAAUAUUUUGGGUAAUAUUCGAGUGAGAAGCGGAAAGAAAUAAAAUUUCAUUUAAUCAUUGUUGAGCUGAAACUCUGUUACUGUUACUAGAAUUGAACAUAGAGAACUCAUAUACUGCAAAAUAUUGAUCAAUAGUCUUUUUUUGACGCCUGGCACUAGUUGUUAGUAUUAAUGUUUCGAUUUCCAAAAAAAAGCUUGAAAAUUUGUCAAUGUUUACAACACUCUCAGCAUAUGUAGAUACUGUUUAUAGUUAAUCGAGUGAUGGCACUUCGUAAAGCAUUUAUU